UUUUCCACUGUUACGAUGGUCCUGCAUCUUGUAGUCAUCAUGGUGCUUCUCGUCUCUCCCAUAAUGCCACUGUACCACAACAGUGUAUGUAAAGAAGGCUCUAAGAUGGAAUGUGACGAUGCGCCCUUGGUGCCAGGGCAUACGCUCUUGGCGGGGGGAAUCGAUAUAGUCACCAUGAAGCAUAUGGAGGCGUUCCUGCUUGACAUGACCGAGUAUAUGAAGAAUUCAAGAUGCACAUUGUGUAAAGAUCCUCAACAUAAUGCAAAAUGGUGGAAAUUGCCAAGAGCCUUGGAAGGCUGGAAAUAUCAUGGUCCAUGCAAAACAGAAAUUGAAAGCAAAACCUUACGAUCUACUGUCUCUAUGGCAAAGGAAGCUGCUUCUAUUGUGCAGAAUAAGUGGGACAUGAUGAAUUUAACCAGUGCAACAACUCAAGGCAGCCUGUUAUUGGCCGGCUCACAUUCUAAAAUAACUGAGUUUGCUUUGGAAAAAUGUCAUUUUGACAAAUAUACCUUCAUCCAACACCAGCUUGAGUGUGAAUUAUACAGUUUCCAGUUGUCUAAAGAUUAUGAAGUCUCUCACCAUUUUAUGGAAGCAUUAGAACAGCUCCCUGGCGACUAUAAUGCUAACACCAAAGUAAGCUACUUCAAUUUGAUAUCCACCUAUGGAACACAUUUUAUCUCCAAGGCAACAAUUGGAGGCAGAGCCCAAGAAAUAGCUGCUGUCAGAACCUGUGAGGUGGCCUUGAGUGGCAUGACUAUGGAACAGACAAAGGGCUGCCUGGAUGAAGAGGUGGCCACUGCUGUACACAACAUGGGAAGUCCAUCAUUAGGAAGCAAGGAGUGUGCAGACUUAGCUGUAAAAUACAAUUUUAUAAGGAACUUCCACCAGGCAUUCUCUGAACGAAUAUGGCAGGUAACAGGAGGAAAUUCAACAUUCAAUCUCCUUGAUAUCAAUGCAGGAGCCAAUCAAGACGCUGCAACCAGAUGGAUCAACAGCACUGAGAGAUUCCCUGAUCUGCUUCGUUACUCACUAAUCCCUAUUGACGCUUUAUUAGAUUCUGAAAGCCCUGAGAAAUAUAAUCUAAAGAUGGCUAUUAGAGACUAUAUCAAAGAGAAGUCCAUGAACCUGAGAUGUCCUUGUCCAGAAAAAGCCCACCUUGACCAAACAGAGACUUGUACUUGUUCCUGCCCCCCUUCCCAGUACACAAACUCAGACUGCUGCCCAACAGUGAAAGGAUUAGCCACUUUAAAGGUGAAGAUUAAUUAUGCCUUGUACCUAACGGGGGACCUACUGGCGGCCGAUGGCUAUGUGAAGUUCUUUUUCGACAUCCUCGAAAAGAAGUCACGGACUUUAUGGAACACUCAGAAUCCCAUGUGGAACGAAUGGCUGGACUUUGGAACGGUGGUGCUCAGCCCUGAGAAAAAGUACAGAUUAGAGGUGUGGGAUGAGGAUUUCAUAUCUCGUGAUGAUUUAAUUUUCGACUGUGAGGGCAGUUUAACAGCAGGAAAUACUGAAAAUAUAAGAUGCUCUUUUGGUAGGAUGGUGACAUAUUUCUCUCUGUACGUCACCUGUGGUCCAUAUCUUCACGGGCAGUUUUGUGAGAAGCAUUACAGGGCGGCCUGACCAUGACUGCCCAACUCUCUACUGAUGCCUACUAGUGAUGAGCGAAUCUGUCCCAUUUUGC